UGCAAGCGUGUUGCGUUUGUUUUAACGCUCCCAGCCUGAUGUGAGGAUUGUGCAUUUGUGAUAUUUUAAAUUAACAAUUAUGGCGGACAAAAUUUUAUUGUGUACAUUUUUAAUUAUAAACACUGUUUGUGCUAGUGUCGUGAAAUUUAACGAGACCACGUUUGCAUCCUUGCCUCCUCUAUACGAGUUGGACGAGUGGAAACAGUGUCAGCAGCCAGGGGACGUAUACUGUAUAGUGGAUGCUGUGCUACUCUCACGACAUCAAUCCCCUGGGCUCACAUUGUUGCAGGAAUAUUCAAAGGAAGUAUUAAAACACUACAACCGGACACAAAUACACCGCGGCGUGUGUGUCACGAGAUGCGGUGUAAACGACAACGCUACAGGUUCCUGGGAGGCUGCUGCUCAGCUCUGUGUCAAUGAGAGCGUGCAGAAAUAUGGCCUGGAGGCGGAAGUAUUAGGGGUAGACUGGUGUGCCAAUGUGGGGGAAUCUCCGAUAGCUGAGUCCAGUUCAGCACGAGCGCUGGCCGUUCUGAGCAUCGUGCUGGUCGCUCUGGCCUUCCUCGCCACCAUACUGCACGUGCUCGGGGAACGCUGUGCCAAAGUCGAUGGAAACAAAUAUUUGCUGGCAUUUUCCAUGAAACGUAACUGGAGUAUAUUGACUUACGAUCGUUCAAAGCCGAGGUCGGAUGAGAGAAUGAAAUCCUUGGCCUGCCUGGAGGGAAUGAGAGUAAUGGGCUUAUUAAGCGUGAUAUUCUCUCACGCAUUAUUAAUCUAUGUAUACUCCUUUACUGACAAUCCAGAGUUUAUCGAAAACAUGUACGACCAGUUUGUGUGGAAGACUCUUCUGAACACACCGAUAUGGCUGCAGGCAUUCUUCUCCAUGUCAGGGUUCCUGACUGCCUACUCAAUACUCAUCACUGUCAAUACCAAACCAAUUACAAUCUGGAAGUGUCUGAUUGGUAUUGUCAACAGAUAUAUAAGGUUAACACCAGCAGCAGGCUUCGCGUUAUGGUUCAUCAUGUCCUGGUACCCGCUGUUGGGGUCCGGACCGCAGUGGACGUGGAUGGUGACCAGGGAGGCUCACGACUGCUCAGAGAGGUGGUGGUACCACAUACUUUACGUUCACAACCAUCUGGAGAUGGGCAAAAUGUGUAUGGGACACACCUGGUAUUUAGCGGCUGAUAUGCAACUGCACAUAGCUGGGUUGUUCCUCAUGCUGUUCCUGGUCAGAUAUCCGAAGACUACCGUUGUAGUUCUACCGUCGCUGGUGAUCACGUCAGCGGUGGCGGCCGGCCUUGUUACCUACUUCAACGAACUCACACCGAUCAUCACCGGUCAAUCUCCUGAAGUGCUGCGCACGAUGUUCGCCGGCUCCAAGAUCCUGAGCAUGCUGUACCUGCCCAGCUGGAUGAACCUGUCCGGAUAUGUCGGUGGUAUAGCCACCGCUUUCAUACUACAUUACAACCAGGUCAACGGCAUCAAACUGAAUCAAAUGAAGUGUUUCAACGUGGCGUUCCACCUGGCGAUGACGCUGGGCGGGUGCGUGGCGGCGGCGGGCGCGGUGUUCCUGGCGGACCGGGCGCCGCCCCCGUGGGCGGCCGCGCUCUACGCCGCCCUCGACCGCACGCUCAUCGCAGUCUUCUUUAAUAUCUUCAUGCUGGGCUGCCUUAGUGAAUGCAAAUCUGGCUUAAGAAGCAUGCUGGACUGGCGCGGGUUCCACUUCCUCGGCAGGCUGUCGUACAGCGUGUUCCUCAUACACUUCAUCAUCCUCCGGCUGGUGAUGGCGGGGAACACUCAGUUGGGUCAUGGCUCCAUAUACUCUUUGAUAUCCGUACUAAUAACAAUCUCAGUGCUUUCCUUCAUCAUCGCCAUACCGUUCUGCUUGCUGGUGGAGCUGCCAGCGAUUGAGCUGUGGAAGGCAAUAUCUGAGAGUGACCGCUCGGACAAAAGCCCACCCACCGCGUCUGCCCACCAAGCGCAGGUCCCUACCAUCCAUACCAGCAUGACCACAGUGAAACCCAUGGACUUAUUAACGAAUAUCAGGAGAAGGAACGAAGUGUAAAUUUAAGAAAUACAUAUAAGAGAUAUCUUUACAUAGAAUAAAAUGAAGUCGUUUCACUGUCUGUUCGCUUAGAUCUUUUAAACUACGCAACGGAUUUGAAUGCAUAUAGCAAUAGAUAGAGUGAUUCAAGAGGAAUGUUUUUAUGUAUAAUACAUGUAUACCCGGGCGAAGGCGGAUAGCUAUUGUAUAAUAAAAGUGACUUCAUUUUAAGGUUAUUUAACUAAUUAAUAAAAAAGAUUUUACAAUUUGAUUUCUUUAGUCAGUCACAAACAUAUGUUGAUUAUCAAUUUUUUUUUUUUAUUUUGUUUGUAAUUUUUAAAGUAAUCUAAUACUGUAAACUAUAUAAAUUAUAUUUGCCGUCUUCGGUUGUACAGCUGUUUAGCACACCGACUUACCUCCGAUGGUCGCAGGUUCGAUUUCUCGUACGGUACAAACAUUUGUAUUCAUGAAUAUGAUUGUUUGUAUUGGUCUGAGUGUUUUCUAUGUAUA